AUGCCCUGCCAUUUUUUGCCGAUAAAGAACAAACAAAUUCCAGCCAAUGAGGAGCUUGACUUUGAUUUAUCUCCAACAUUUUCCACAAGGAAAGUUAUCAAUGAAGUUCCUGUUGUUUAUUUGGAAGCUGAUUUUGUUGAAAACAUGGAUCAAAUCCGAAAGACAAUGAUGCAGCAUGAAGCUUUGUUCAAGGAACAGGUUCAGGCACUGCACAAAUUGUACGAUAUCCAGAAAGUAGCAAUGCAGGAAAUAAGGAGAAGAAGUUAUUCUCAGGCUCAAGUGCUUGCAUUUAGUCCUGAAAGUCUUGUACUUGUGGAAGGCCAAUUUUGUGGAUCUGUUUUGGAAGGGAAACCCUUGAGGCCGGUCUAUACCGCUGGUCGAGCACAUAAGCAAGAUGCAUUGGCUCUUUCUUUGAGUCCCUUCUGCACACUCAAAGAGAUUAAAGGUAGUGGUUCUUUAUGGAUUGAUGGCGUUGGGGCUGAAACUUUCCCCCCUGCUCAUAGCAAACCUGUGAGAAAUUUUGAUCUUGAAAAACUCCCAGAAGAUGCAGGUGAGUACACUGAUAUUCAAGGAAUAGCAAAGCAAUGGAAAGGAAACAAUUUCCCUGAUUCUACUGAAUCGUUUCAAGAUCUCGGAAAAAGUGGUAAAAUUGUAUCAACAAGUACAAAAUCAGAUGGGAUGGUCUCAUCUCCCAAAGAUCCCGUCACAUGCUCUCAAGAUUCUUCAAUCCUGGAACCUCAACAUUGUGAAUCGAAAGAACUCAACGACUUCAACAUCCAAAGGUCGAUUUACUUGGAGACAAACUCCAAUCUGGCACCGCAAAAUCCGAACUUAUCUGCUGCUGCCAAGGACUCAAGUAAUGGCAGCAAUAGCAUUGAGUCCCAGGAGACAAAGUUCUUCGAGAAAAAAGAUACUUGUGUCCGCAGGGACGAUACUGGCGAGGCAGUUCAGGCAAGCCCCAGCAGCAAGGCAGUCUUCCUAUCAGAAUGUGAAGAAGAGCCCCACAUCAGCCAAGAUGUUUUGAGACCUUCAGCUUGCUCCACCCACGCAGAUUCUGAAAUAAAAACCACAGACAGUAAUAGCCAUUCAAACUGUGAACCUGGAAACGUGACAAACUUGGAGACGCCUCCUGUUGUAACAGAGGGAAAUCAGAACAGGAAGGGUAAACCAGUCCUGUAUGAAGAGUGUGAAAGCCUGGCAGCUGAGAUUUUGCUCAGUUUUGCACCCAGUGAUACUAAAAGACAUGCAAUGGAAGCUGAGCCAGGUAAAUCUUAUGGAGACCCUGCAACUUCGGAAGAGAAGCGAAAUAUGUGUCAGAAAAGAUGUGGAAACUUUAGCAAUGGUGAUAGAGUAUAUGAAUCCUUAAGCUGGACAAGAUCAGCUAAUAGUUUGAGGACUGUUAAAAGACACCGGUAA